AUGUCAAUAUCACGACCUUCACGUCCUUCUCAUCAGAGGAUGUCGAUACACGAUAAUAACACAGGUAGAGUAAUGAUCGAGGGAUAUUUACUCAAGAAGAAACAGAAGAAAAUGCAGGGAUUCGCUAGGCGUUAUUUCAGACUCUACUCCUCUGGGAUUCUCAACUACGCAGUCACAAAUACAGACACAGUUAGAGAUCACGUUAACCUCCGUUCCAGCGUCUGGUUAUCUCACAGCAAUCGACGCACUGUGACCAUUGACGGCGGUACAUCGACUUGGCAUAUAAAAUUCAAUUCAGGUGAGGAGUACUUAACCUGGAUGAAGACAUUGGGUUUAUUCCUCGAUACAACUAAUCCUGCACUCCAAACUGUGGCUGAGAAUACUAGUACCCCAACUGAUAACAUGAACAAAUCCCUUAAACUUAUCGACCUCCUCGAAUUUGACCUAGAGAAUUUAAAGAAUUGUCAUAACCAAUCAAGUUCACGCGAAACCACACACACACACACUCAAGGUGGUCUACUAAACAUAUUCCACAAAUCACCUAAGCUCAAUUCAUCAAAUGAAGAUUUUUCCGACUCUACACACUCCCCAUACAGCCCCAGAGCUUACGAUGCUUUCUUUGAACGGAUGCUCGAUUCUACUGCCGAAUUAAGAAGACUACAGCAGGAGAUAUAUUCGAUGCAUUACGACAGUAACAAUCGAAAGUCUUCCAACAACCCUCCCGCACCCUCGCGCUACGCCCCUUCACGCACUUCCUCUAUCAAUGACUUUGAGUUCUAUGACGCCCACGACACCUUUGGUGAGGCAUACGAGUGCGACGACGGCGAUGACGAUGAUGACGGCAAUGAUAAUGACAACGAUAAUGACAACGAUAAUGACAACGAUAAUGACAACGUUGAUGUUCAAGAUGACGACGAUGAGGUGGAUAAAGAGGGCACGUACCAUAAAGAAGAAGUGUCGGGUGAAGUCACCUCCAAAUAUGGCCCCAUGCAGCUCUCACGGCGGCAGCAACUACCUGCUCCGAUCUCUGGUGAUGAAAUUGGUCUGCUUGGUGUCUUGAAGAAAAACGUUGGCAAAGACCUCACCACCAUCUCCUUCCCAGUGAGCUUUAACGAGCCCCUCUCCCUACUGCAGAAGGUAGCUGAGGAUUUUGAGUACGUAGAACUCAUCGACAAGGCCAUCAAAGCCAAGAGUAGUGUCGAGCGUAUGGCCUGUAUUGCCGCUUUCUGCGUCUCGAGCUACUCGUGCACGCAAUACAGAUCGACUAGGAAACCUUUCAAUCCUCUCCUUGGUGAGACAUACGAGCUCAUCACCCCCCAAUUUGCUUUCUUCAGUGAGAAGGUUACCCAUCAUCCGCCUUUAGUGGCUGCUUAUGCACAGGGUGAAGAUUGGACGUACGUGGCAACGUCGGGUGUCAAACAGAAGUUCUGGGGCAAGAGUAUGGAAAUUAUCCCCAUUGGUAAUGCCAAAUUGACCAUCAAAUCUACCGGCGAUAUUUACACAUGGCGCAAGCCCAGCUCAUUUAUUCGCAACCUAGUCAUGUCCUCCCCAUAUCUCGAACACACGGGUGAUUUAGAUAUAAAGAACGAGACCACGGGCGAAUCAUCCACCAUUGCGUUCAAAGAGGGUAGUUUCUUUGGCGGUGAAUCGUCACGAGGCUAUGUGGAGGGUUCCAUAGAAGAUAGCAGUCACACCCGUCUGUGCAGACUGAAUGGCAGAUGGUCGCAAAAUUUUGUUCGUCAGCUAGUCGACGACCACGGACACUCAACGGACAGAUUCCAGCAGCUGUGGGAAUCUAUCAACCAAUUCCCUCCCGACUGUCAAGAUUACUACGGUUUCUCCAGAUAUGCUGUUGGAUUGAAUGAAAUGGUAAACGAGAAUAUUCUCCCGCCUACAGAUUCUCGACGCAGACCUGAUCAGCGAGCUUUGGAGCAAGGCAAUGCUGAUAUAGCUGAAGAGUAUAAGAAUUACCUCGAGCAAGCACAAAGAGAUCGUCGCAGUCGUGACAAAUCUUACGCUCAUUCCAGAGUCAAGUGGUUUAAGAACAUUGGUGAUGACUGGAUUCCAAUCACGAGUGAGACUACCGGAGAGCCCAUUUAUUUUGAGAAGCGAGUCAAGGUGUCCGAAAACCAAGACACAUGGUCUGACUCGGAUAACAUAUUCGAGAUUAAUUAA